UUUUAUUCAAGAUUGUUUGUUUGGCUUGUGAACAAGAUCAAUAACUCUAUUGGUCAAGAUCCUGAUUCGAAGAACUUGAUUGGGGUUCUAGAUAUUUAUGGAUUUGAGAGUUUCAAGACAAACAGGUGCUUAACCGUUUUGAGCAAUUCUGUAUCAAUUUGACAAAUGAAAAACUACAGCAACAUUUUAAUCAGCAUGUUUUCAAGAUGGAGCAAGAAGAAUAUACAAAAGAAGAAAUUGACUGGAGUUAUAUAGAGUUUAUUGACAAUCAAGAUGUUCUUGAUCUCAUUGAGAAGAUUGGUAAAACCAAAGUGUUUCUCAGAGCUGGCCAGAUGGAAGAAUUGGAUGCUUGUCGAAGUGAGGUCUUAGGAAGAUCAGCAGGUGUCAUACAGAGGAAAGUUCGAUGUUAUCUUGCUCAGAAAAGCUUUAUCUUGUUACGGGUUUCUUCCAUUCAGAUUCAAGCCUUUUGUAGAGGACAAGUUGCACGCUAUCAGUAUGACUGCAAGAGAAGGGAGGCUGCUUCUAUUAAAAUCCAGACACAUUAUCGUAUGUGUCUUUCUAAGAAUGCAUACCAAAAGUUGUACUCUUCAGCUGUUUUAAUUCAAACAUGUAUACGUGGGAUGGCUGCUCGUAGUGACCUUAAGUUCCGGAAGCAGACAAGGGCUGCUAUUAUUAUCCAAAAUCAAUACCGGAAAUACUUAAAUCGCUGCCGUUAUUUGAGGAUAAAGAAAGCAGCAGUGACCACACAAUGUGCUUGGAGAGGAAAACUUGCACGCAGAGCUCAAAAUGGCUGCUAAGGAAACCGGUGCCCUUCAGGCUGCCAAAAAUAAGCUGGAAAAGCAAGUUGAAGAAUUGACCUGGCGUCUGCAGCUAGAGAAGCGAAUGAGGGUAUAUUGAGAUGAUUUCUUUGGAGCAAUUCUUGACAACAUUUGUAGUUGAGGCUUUUAGAAUGGAAGAAUGUAUUCCACUAAUUUUUGUAUACAUUUUUUGUUUUGUACUUAGUGAUAAAGGAAUCUAAAUUGGGCAUAAAUUAUGUUGUAAUAUGAUUUUUUAAGUCUAGACUAGUAGACUAAAUAUUGUAAUUACAUGUGAGUAAUUAAUAAAAAUCUAUUUAUGUUA